AUGAUGAUCACUGAACGCAGAGAGCAGCAACAACCCUGCUCUGAGGAGCCCGGGGAGCCCCGGGGUAACGGGGUAGAUCUGGAGCUGCACAGGAGGCAGCUGCUGCCUCCAGAAGGGCCCCGCUCGCUCCCUGCGCGCACAGGGAGGGGACGCAGCCACCAGAGCACGGAGGGGCACCCGCGGGGCGGCUGGCAACCCCCCUGGGACCCAUCUGUGUCCUUAAACGGUGCCGCGGCGUCGUAUCCCGCAUCCUCCGCGCUCUGCCCCCGCAUUAAGCCAGCCCAGGGCUUCAGUGAGAAGUUUGAAGCACAGCUUGUGUUUAAUGUCUUCUUGUUUAGUCGCCCCAAAUCCGUGGAUGAAGUUGCUUUCCAGGAUGAGGUUGUUGCUGUGCUCAAGAAGUCCUUGGAAGGUGCUGAUCUCCCGAAUCUGUUGUUUUAUGGCCCACCUGGAACUGGAAAGACUUCCACGAUUCUAGCAGCAGCUAGAGAGCUCUUUGGGCCUGAAUUAUUCCGGCAAAGAGUCCUCGAGCUGAAUGCUUCUGAUGAGCGUGGAAUACAAGUGAUUCGGGAAAAAGUGAAGGCUUUUGCCCAGCUAACUGCAUCUGGAACCCGGGCAGAUGGUAAAGUUUGUCCUCCUUUUAAAAUUGUGAUUCUGGAUGAAGCAGACUCUAUGACUUCAGCAGCCCAGGCAGCCCUAAGACGCACAAUGGAAAAAGAAUCUAAAACAACACGUUUCUGCCUUAUAUGUAACUACAUCAGCAGAAUAAUUGAACCUUUAACAUCUCGAUGUUCCAAAUUCCGCUUCAAACCUCUGUCAGACAAAAUCCAGCAGCAGAGAGUCAUGGAUGUUGCUGAGAAAGAACAUGUGAAAAUCAGUGGUGAGGCAGUAUCUUACCUUGUUAAAGUAUCAGAAGGAGACUUAAGAAAAGCAAUUACUUUUCUUCAAAGUGCAACUCGCCUAAUGGGCGGGAAAGAGAUCACAGAGAAGAUAGUCACUGAAAUUGCUGGGGUUAUCCCCAAAGAAACUAUUGAUGGAGUGAUACUGGCUUGUAAGAGUUUUUCAUUCGAAAAACUGGAAAGAAUGGCAAAGAACCUGAUAAAUGAAGGUUAUGCUGUUGCUCAGCUUGUAAACCAGCUUCAUGAUAUUGUUGUUGAGAGCGAGGAUUUCUCCGACAAGCAGAAAUCCGCUAUAGCUGAGAAACUUGCGGUAAGACUGUAUCUUGGGUUCUUAGAAAUAAUCUUCAUUAAUCUUUAUUGGUCAAUCUCUGACGUGGACAAGUGCCUGGCUGAUGGAGCUGACGAGUACCUGCAGCUCAUGAGCCUCUGUGCCCUGGUGAUGCAGCAGCUCAGCCAGGGCAGCUAG